CACACGCGAUCUAUUGGUCAUCAAUAGUAUAGUGACCUUCACCAAAUGCAACCCUUAGUCAGUUAGUGAGACGUGUUCGUGGAUGAUCACGUAACCCCUUGUCACUGAGCGUCAGAGGAAGACUCCCAAGAUCAGGAGUUCUGUUUGGGCUGGGCGUGACUAUAUUGCGUAUCACGUGCUCGCCGGCUUGAUCUAUUUCCAGCUCGACACAUAUCCCUGUUAUCGGGAAACGAGGCGAUCUAUCCAGUAUCGGAGUAUUGGAGUGUCAGCCCGAUCUGUAGAAAGUCAUAUACUCAAUACAUGCCUCGAGUUAUUGUUAGUGCGAGAAACAAUCGCUGGACAACUUCAUCUGUUCUUCUUCAAUCAGCAUCGCAGUCCUCGGUAGUAAGUCAUCCCAUCGGAAAUCCGCACCAGUGCUUCUGGUUGCUGGUGAGCUGAAGGAAGUCAAUUGAAACACACCGCUAUAAAAGCCAACUAUCAAAACGUUACCUGUCGAGAGAGACGCCAGAGCUCCUUUAGCCAUAUUCUCCGCAGAUCUCUAAGCUGAUGUGUUGUGUAGAUAGUGUUCCGUCCUCCACUCUGCUUCUAACGCGGUCAGAACGUCUGUCUCUUACGCCGUCCAAAAUGGUUGUGUCCCGAGGAGCUCCAUCCGCCCUCCUACCUCUUAUGGUCGUUGCUAUGCUCUCCCUACUGACGUCAUCAACUCACGCUAACCCUGUGGCAGGCAAAGGUACUGACGCUGAAGAAGCCAAUAACAGUGCGGGUGCUGUUGCAAAUCCAAUCCGGACUGUCUGCCCAAGCUUUACAGAUCGCCACUGGAGAAUGUAUCUAACUGCAUCGUGUCGGCCAGAACAGGGUGACACGAACACCGCUGCUCACAGCAAUGGCACGGCAGGCAGUGAUAGGAUGACUGCGCCUCUACAGGGCAAGUAUCUACUACUGGCUAAUGGUGGUCGGUUGGAAUACCAGCAACUGCGUGCCGAUCACAUGACUAAUGUUCCUCGAGAAGCCAUCUUUGACGUUGUCAUGGCACCGCUCCCCGCCGAUUUCUCCGUAUCCCAUUACAUCACUACCGUGGAUCAUCACCAUGACAACCAAGUCAAUACCGUACCGCUGAUUCGCUACCUGAGGCUGAGGAGGAGCAAGGGAAGUCGUCAGCAACGAGGUGCGGCAAAUGCAAUAUUCAGAAAGCUGUCUUACACACACGAUUAUCAGUUCCGCUGGACGAUCUUCCGUAACGACGCCUGCCCUCUGAACGCGGCCAAGAACAGGCACUGCAGUGACGUCACGGUGCUGACUGCGGACGGCACAAGUCGCCUGACAGUGGGGGUGAGAGCAAGAGAGGAAGCCGCCGCGGCGAAAACAGGCCAUGCAACAACAGCAACGAUGAUGACGGCGUCACCGAAUGUUGCUGGCGAUGCAGCAGGAGUACUCUCAUCCAGCACUGUAACGAGAGAGGAGCAACGGCUUAUACAGUGUGAUAGCAUCGACAUGACAAUUCUCUGCAGUGACACCGACCAGUAGACCGCAACGCUUUACACACUGGUACACUGCAGUGUACAUAGAGGUCAGUGGAGGAAUGCCUCAUGGCCGGUGGCUCUGCUCAGCUUAGAACUUGGUGUACUGUUCGGGCACCAAGUGUCUGUGCAGUGUGCCGCAUCAUGCACUCACUUGCGUGCACACACACACACACACACACACACACACACACACACACACACACACACACACACACACACACACACACACACACACACUGAGAUGCUCAAGUAAACGUACAUCAUUAUUUUCAGUAUUUUCCUAUCUUUAAAAAAUUCUUUCGAGGCAUGGCAGUGAGAACCAUGCACUACAGUAUUACAUAUCACAGCUCUAUUCUUUUUCAAGAAGACGUUGAUUCUUUUUAGCAUCCAAACCAGACAAGAUAUUUGCUGUGCUGGGAGGAAUGUUCGAACAUUCUGGAUUUCUAAAAAAAGGAAAGAACAUUGGAACUCAAAAGUCCACAUUCAAA